AUGGGACCGACAGUGUUUGAUGCGAUAACAGAAGUCUUCCGAUUCUCCGAACACAACUUUGGGUACGGACUUCGUUGUGUGUGUGUUAGGGGAUAUAAGGAACGGUACGUGCGGGUGAUAGGAGGUGAGGAGGAGCGGGACGGGACGGCGCAGGCAGAACAGAAGCUGGUGCUGUCGGAGUGUUGGCGGAAGAAGUAUCGGUUCAAAUCAGGGCAACAAUGGUAA